UUAUUGUACUUUUUCCCAUAUUUUCCUUACUGGGUUUGUAAUCCACUAUCUUUUAUUUCAUGUUUUUAGGACCUAAAAUAUUUAGUGAUUUAUAGACCAGUAGGAGAACUUUAAAAUCAAUUCUAAAGCUGACUAGAAGCCAAUGUAAAGACUUUAGAAUUGGCUUUGUUCUGGUCAUAACCCGAGCUGCAGCAUUCUGAACGAGCUGUUUAAAAGCAUCAUGUUAGAGGUCAAAACUACUGUGGUAAUUGUUCUCCCGCCUUUUUCGGUUUCCUGUGUCACUGCAAAAAGGAGAUAAGUUGCUUUACGGUUGGGUGACUCCUUAUUAACUGACAGCAGAAGCAACAGUUCUCGCACACGUUCACUGUGAUAAAAGUGUUAAGGAAAGAAGCAUUAGUGAUGGUUCUGAAGGUGUUCUUCCCUCAAUGCUGCAACCUCGCAGCCAGCGGUCUGCUGGUGGGACGAUGGAUCCCCCAUCAUGACUCUGCCGUGGUGCUGGCCGUCAUCCACUACCCGUUCAUACCCAGCCACGUCAAAAGAUACAUACAACAGAUGGCGGCUCAGAGUCGCGUGGAUCUGUCCGUGUUGGGCUCAUGGAGUUUGCCUCAGGAUGGCCAGGAGGGCAUGGAGAGCUUUCUGAGGGAUCUGAGCACCAUGUUCCCCAGGCAGCGCUGGCUGCAAAUCAGCCGGCGCCUGGGCCAUAAAGGCUUUACCUGCUGCCUGCUCGGAAGCACUUGGCCACCAAAAGAGGUGAACAACAGUGAGCAAGAGAAUGUGGAUGAAGAGGAGAAGGUGAUUUUUGUCCACUACGAGCAGAGGAAGGUGAUGUUGUCACAGCUUCAUCCCAUCCAGAAUGGCUUCCCACAGUCUCAAGAUGAUACGCUGUCCGAGUUGAGACAGGUGUUUCACACAGUGUCUAGCAGUGGUCCCCUGUUCUUCCUGGACAAGUACGACGAUGGUCCUUUGAAGUCCACCCACUGGCAGUCUGAGGGUCGUGAAGGCAGCAUCAUCGUUGAGAUCCUCAAACAGGCUUCUGUACCUGUCUGCAUUGUACUCAGCCGGAUCCUGGCUUUGUGGACAUGGAUCUGCAGCAUGCGGGUCUUCUGUGUUUUCCCGCUGCCCUUCCUCUGGUCCAAGUUGUCAUCCUGUGUACAGCUGAGCUACAGGAGCCAACACCUCAAAGCACUUAGCUCCCAAAAAACAGCUGACAAUCACAUGCAAUUUAUCAGAAAAGCCAACGUAUUUGUGUCAUUUCUGGUGGACAUCGGUCUGGGUCUGUUCCUGGCCUCCUGGCUCUACAAAGACAACAAUAUUAGCAUGAUUGCUAACAUGCUAGUGCCUGCCGCAGAUCAUGUUGCUAAGGAGCUGGUGGAUUUGCUCCAGUGGUUAAUGGGGGCUCCAGCUGGGUUGAAGAUGAACCGGGCCCUGGACCAGGUGCUGGGCCGGUUUUUCCUCUAUCACAUCCACCUGUGGAUCAAUUACGUGCACCUGCUUUCUCCAUUCAUGGAGUCCAUCCUGUGGUACGGCGGCCUGUCAGCGUGCCUUGGUUUGUCCUUUGCGCUGUCUUUGCUGUCCGACGUGGUGGCGUUCCUCACCUUCCACAUCUACUGCUUCUACGUCUACGGUGCCAGACUGUAUUGCCUGAAGAUCUACGGCCUCUCUUCACUAUGGAGGCUCUUUAGGGGCAAGAAGUGGAACGUCCUAAGGCAAAGAGUCGACUCCUGCUCCUAUGAUCUGGACCAGCUCUUCAUUGGUACACUGCUUUUUACCAUCCUUCUCUUCCUGCUGCCCACCACAGCACUCUACUACUUGGUCUUCACAUUGUUGCGUCUUGUGAUCAUUAUGUUCCAGGGCGUUAUCCACCUUAGUGUAGAUUUCCUCAACUCCUUCCCAAUUUUUGCCAUUGGCCUUCGCGUGUGUCGCCCCUACAGACUUGCAGAGGGUGUGAGGUUCAGGGUAUUGAGUGAGGAGCCUGGAUCUGCUCUUCACUUGCUCAUGGAGAUUAAUCCAAUGAAGAGCAGUGCGGUGGUUCACACAUACCGCACACCCACCUACAGCUGCUACCCCAAAGACUCAUGGGGUGCCCUGAUCAAGAAGCUCUUUGUCGGAGAGCUCAUCUACCCAUGGACGUACAAGAGUGCCAAGGGCCACGCCGCCAAGGCCGAGUGACUGACUGAGGAGGAGGAAGGAAGAACAUGAAAUUAAUAAGUCAUGAAAUGGAAACAGAUGGAGGCGAGCGAGAGGAAAUGGAAAACAAAAGUGGUAGCCAUACUAAGAUGCUGCCCAGUCACCACAGCGAUCAGUUAUCCAAGCCGUUAAUGACUUGGAAAGGGACCAAUCGUGUAAUCAGCGACACUCACUACUAAUGAAAUUUGAAGCAUAAACACUCCACACUGACCUCCUAAAACUGAAAUAUUUUGUGGUAAAGAUUUAGCCUUCCUUUAAGAUGAAGUUAAAGGUGUAUCAUUUCGAAAACAAUUUUCUGAUGUUAUUUAUUCACCGUUAAGUUAAAUAUGUUUUAAUGCUGCAAUUGUUGCAGGUAAUUUAAUGUAGUGAGCUGUAGAAUGACUAGUUUAUACUAAAUUGCAAUAAAUAGUUGAAAAAAAUAUCUGUUAUAAAGAACUCAAUUGUGGAUGCACUUAACUCCCUUGAAAUUUGGUGUCUUGUAAAGGUUGUUUAAAGCCACCAUGAGUUAAGGGUCACAUAAGGUCAAUCUCAAAUAAUAUAGUAGGUGUAUUUUUUUUAACUUUUAUAUAUUUUUAUUAUUACAACUCAGUCUUUGUGUUAGUUUAAACCAUAUGGACCAAACUGGACAAGCUCUGAUUUUCUUUGAUAUAAUAAUGUAUGUCGUGUUAAGUGUUUUUUUUCUCUUAUCCCUCUAAUGUUAUUGCGGUCUUAGCAAAGAAUGUCUUAUUUGUGACUGAUUUGUACUCAUUUUUACUAAUUUUUCCUUGAUGUGCUUAUCUUGAGUCUUUGCCAAUAAAUACAAGUCAUGCUAAUAUGAUUAAA